AUGCCACCAAAAUCUAAACAAAAUUCUGUCAAAUCCAACAGUAAAAACAAACCAACGUCCGCUAGUAGCCAAAACAUCAACGAUAACAGCAAACCACCUAUGGAGAAUGCCACAGCCGCCAACCAGCCACCUCUCGUAGCUGAGAAGUCUUCUGCACCGCCGGUGAGCAAUGUUUUGGCACCAGCAAGCAAGGACGAACAAAUUGGAGCGGAAAAUGUUAAUAAAAACCCAUAUAUUGACGUAGUUCAGAAGAGACUUCGAUCGUUGAUUAAGCGACGUGUGAAAUAUCUUCAAUGCGAGGAGAUGUUGAAGAACGGAAAUCAGGCACUAAACCAAGAUCAAAUUCAAGCAUUGGAGCGAAAAAAUGAAGUCGAAUUCGCCAUCCAAGAAUUCGAAUCAAUCAUCAAAAACUUGAAUGCGGUCGAGAAUGAUGAGCUCAAGAGCUUGAAAAUGCAAAAGAAGGUUCAAGAAACUGAGCGUGAUGAGGCCGUUGCAAAGGCGGUUAAAGAAACGGAGGAAUUCUACGCGAGUUCCAUUAUUAGUCUCCUUCAAUUCUUCCGCCUAGUACAUUAUCAAAACGUCAGCAUCGUUCAAAUGUCAGAAAUUGAAAACGAGGCGGUCACCCAUUUCCGCGAUUUACUUAACCACCUCGCAGGAGACGCCCUAAUAGAGGAGAAACGAGAAUCAACAGUCCGUGAAGUACUAGCCCACGUCAAAAAAUUGCACCAGGGAGAUGAUGAAGUUGUGCAUCGGCCAGUGUCCAAUAAUGAAGUCGAAGAGGAGUCCGGUGGUGGAAUUUCAUAUUCUAACAUCCACUCACUUGCCAUCAGUCCACCAAUAGCGGAGAACUUGGACGAGACUCUCAGUACUGUGGAAACGGUCCAAGACACCACCGCCGAAGAAAUAGUUACUGUUCAGCAGAAUAAUGUUCAAGCAGAUCAUGCUUAUUCUGAGGAUAUUGAAAUUGUCGAAACUCGCACCAUGCCUCCUGGUGGCUUCAAGUUUAUGGUUACUCCAGACAAUUUAACAGGUGACAGAGUUCCAAGUAUUAAUGACAACAAUACUACACAAUUCAACAAAAAUCCGUCAGAAAAUUUCGAUGAAAAUCAACCACCAUUCUUACAAAUCACUGAACAUCCACUAGUCUUCCAACAUCCACCUCGCCCGACCAUCGUUGAACAGCAGCAAAUACUUCCUCCUCCCCAACAAGUACUUCCUCUUCCCAAUAAUGAUCAACUACAACACGAAAAUUUCACCGUUAACAACCUUCAAAAUAUUGCAUCGAUCCCCACCCAAGCAGAAGAAACCCUUUCCCAAGUCCAGGAAUCGUCAACCACCACCCAACAAAUUGCCCUUCAACACCAACAAAUAUCAUCUGUAAAUAUAAAUAAUGAUAACAUUUUAAAGCAAACCACCACCACAAUAUCUCAGAAAUCACAUGAACAACCAAAUUCACCAAACCAACCCCCUAAAUCAGUUUCGGCGAAUAAUUCUACUGAUAACACUAUUCAUCCAACAUCAAACUACUCGCCAAAGUUGCCGGAACCACAUAUUGUAAAUCAUACUUCACAACAUCACAUUCCAGAAGUAAAUCAUUCAUCACAUAAUAGCAAUUCGCCAAAUUCGGUUCACAUCGUUGCUGAACAAAAUCAACAUAAUCAAAAUGUAGGCGAAAAACGUCGGGAUCCGCGACCAAUUGCCGCCGCCCCCUCAUCUUCACAUCCAAAUCCUCACCCAAAAGAUGGUAACAAUUCGAGAUCAGAAGAACGCCGCAACAGCAAUCCGAUACAACGACGUAACAGCAAUAAACGAUACAGCAAUCAACAGCGCCAAAAUGAUCGUCGACAAAAUAAUUACCAAGCACAAAAUGGGCAAGAGAAUUUCGGACGAAAUGGAUCACCAUCCAGAAUUCAACAAACAGAUUCGCAAAAUCCGGCUCCCUCGCUACCACAAGCACCACAAAAUCCUGCAAACCAACCAGCUGCCCAAUCGAAUAAUCCGAAUAAUCCAAAUAAUCCACCUGUGAAUCCAUUAGCCAAGGACAAUAUCGAAAUUCAUAUAGAGGCAAUAAUAACCGAGGGGGCUCUUUCCGAGGCCAAGGCGGAAAUAACAAUCAAGGUCUUCGGCGUGAUGGAAACUUCCGCGAAGGCAACAACAGUGGAAAUUAUCAAAAUGGUGGAUAUCGCAGCGGACGUGGAGGAAGUUUCAACCGAAACAGCGCUGGAUAUCAAGGCGUCCGAAAUGGCAACAAUGCCUCUAACAACAACACCUUCAAACACCAGGCACAAGUUGGAGUAA